AACUUGGUUUCGCUUGAUGUUUGCGCUCAAUCCUCUUUCACCCUUUUUUCUUGAUUGAACUAUCCUUGAUCAGUCGAGGCCUAGGUCAGCUUGAGUCCGCACACUCUACGCUCAGAAGCUCAGAGUGAGAAUUGAACACAAGACCUACGAAAAAGACCCCGCAUCGACGAUUCCUCCGAGUCUGCGUGAACUCCAGCUCUACAUCGGUCUCAUAUACUCUGCCCAAUCAAUCCGCGCAGCAUGCGCUUGGUCAAGAACAAAAUCGAGCUCAAUGGCUCCGGCACGGUGACCCUGUGCCCCGAGGAGCCAGAAGACAUGUGGCACGCCUACAACCUCAUCCGACCCGGCGAUCUCCUCCGCGCCAGCGCCAUCCGCCGCGUGACGACCACACAAGAGACGGGGUCGACGAGCUCCGCGCGCGUGCACCUGACGCUCGAGAUCCGCGUCAAGGGACUGGACUUCGACCCGCAGAGCUCGCAGCUGCAUGUGAGCGGGCAGAUCGUCAACGAGACGCAGCACACGAAGAUCGGGCAGCACCACACGCUGGACCUCGAGCUGAACCGCAACUUCACGCUGGAGAAGGAGAUCGGGGCCGACGGCGAGGGCGUCGGGUGGGACAGUAUCGCCGUGCAGAUGCUCAAGGAGGCGGUGGAUGAGGGCGGGAAUCGCAGAGCCGAGGCCAUCGCCGUCGUCAUGCAGGAGGGGGUCGCGCAUAUCUGCUUCAUCGGGCAGUUCCAGACGGUGAUGAAGCAGAAAGUGGAGAUGUCGGUGCCGAGGAAGCGUUAUGGAGGAGGGGAUCAUGAUAAGGGAAUGUCGAAAUUCUUCCAAGUCACGCUCGACACGCUCCUCCGACAAAUGGAGUUCAACACGAGCGCCACAUCGCUCACCAGCAACGAGACCGUCCGACCCGUUCUCCUCGCAUCACCGGGGUUCGUGGCAUCCGGGUUCCAAAAAUACAUCCAAUCGAUCGCGGCGACGACCACGCCGGCCCUCAAACGGCUGCUCCCCAGCGUGGUGGUGGUGCACUCCGCGUCGGGAUACUUGCACUCGCUCUCGGAGGUGCUGCAGUCCCCCGCCGUGAAGACGAUCCUCGCGGACACGAAAUACGCGCGGGAAACCAAGCUCAUGGACGACUUCCUCGACCAGCUGCGCAAGGAAACGAACAAGGCGACGUACGGGCCGCGGGAAGUCGAGUCGGCGGUCGAUCAGGGCGCCGUGGGCCGUGGGGGAGGCACCCUGAUCAUUUCGAACCGGCUGUUCCGGUCGCAGGAUGUGGCAGAGCGGAAGAGAUGGGUGUCGUUGGUGGAUCGGGUGCGAGAUGUCGAGGGUGGUGAGGUCCGGGUUCUCAGCUCGGAUCACGAGAGUGGGAGGCGGUUGGACGGGCUGGGAGGAAUUGCAGCGUUGUGCACGUUUCCUAUCAUUGAGGAGGAUAUGGAAUCGGAUUGAGAGGGAAAGUAGAAAAUAGAGCUGCGGUGUGAUGUUUAUGAUGACGAAUUUAACGAUUAGAGUUGUAUAAGCG